UAAACCAUUAUCUAAUGGUGUCCUAAAUAUUAGUUUCAGUUAACCGAGAUAACAUGCGGGCAUAUAUUCUAGGAAGUCACUAUUAUUAAGAUAACGAUUUAUCAUAAUUCGUUUAAAAAAACAAAGACAACAUUAAUCAAUUUCCGUCUAUCACGUAGUUAUUAGCAUAUAAUGUUAUACUGUGUUAUUAGUAAGUUGCAAGAUACCGACCGAUCGAGUUUGAACUGGACAUCCGUUUAGGCAUAACUUAGGUGUAUAUGACCAAUUUUGGAUAACCUUUCUAAUUUCUACUUUGCGUUAAAGUAAUUAGCAAUAAAGAAAAAUAAAUAUUAUCAAGUAAUAAAAGUAAAUAUACUCAAAAAAGUUGCCUAUAGUUAGAUUGUAUUUCUUUAUAUGGUUUUAUUCAAUACACUUAAAUUGUUAAAUAGUAUUACUAACUAUAAGAAGAUGUCAAUCUUAAUUGAAAAGGUAAAACUAAAUCCAGUAGAUUUUUCUAAAGCAAACGCCAAAAGAGAGGAAGUCUUUUAUCAUUUAUUCACAAAACUCAAAGCUGAUAGUCAAAUAAUAACCGAAUCAACAGUUCAAACUAUCCCACUGAAUAAAAAUUUAGAGACAAAAGUGUUUAUACACGGUUGGAACUCUUCAAUUCACAAAGGAAAUUGGUAUGAUGGUUUUAAAGAUGCAUACUUUAAAAGAGGAGAUUACAACAUUUUGUAUGUCGACUGGUUUAUACCGGGAAGUCAAGAAUUUCCCGUAUCAGCUGCUAAUGUAAAACCUGUCGGACAUUUUAUAGGAGAUCUUUUGUUAGCUUCCAAGAUUCCAUUAGAAAAAAUUCAUGUUAUUGGUAAAUCAUUAGGUUCACAUGUUGCAUCAUAUGUAGGAAAAAGAAUUUUUGAAGUAACCUCAAACAAAAUUGCUAGAAUAACAGGAUUAGAUCCAGCCGGACCUAAAUUUGAACAUACAGAUCUGAACGAAGACCAAAGAUUAUUUAAAUUAGAUGCCGAAUUUGUUGAUAUCGUCCACACAGAUGCUGGUUAUUACGGGUUUAUUAAUCCAAUAGGAACAGUUGAUUUUUAUCCAAAUGGAGGAAAAGAUCAACCUGGAUGUGGAAGUGAUGAUAGCGGACAUAAUGACAGUCAUGGAAGGUCAAAUUGGUUCUUUUUGGAAUCGAUUAAUUCGAAAAAUUUCUUAGCAAGAAAAGCUGAAAGUUGGGAAAAGUACUUAGAAGGAAAAUAUGAAGAUAAUGAAGGUGUUGUGUUUGGAGAAGAUGUUCCAAAAAAUGUUAAAGGAAAUUAUUAUUUUGAAACUAACUCGAAAUAUCCAUAUGCUAAACUAUAAAUAAAAUAAAUAUUUUUCUAA